AUGGGAAACAAUAUCAAUCCCGAAAAAAUCAAUUCCUCAGCUCCUUCGCUUUUACGUCAUGUACAGUCCACGCCUCUAUUUCAGCAACAUCAAUUCAUCAACGAUGCACCACCGGAUCAUGAAGAAAUAGGUUUGAUGGGUUCAUCAACACAAAGCAAUGCUCAUCCGUACAAUGAUAACCAUGAGCAGGAUGAUGAUGUUGCUUGUUUCACUGAUAGCACUGCUUCUAUCAACAACAUCCGAAAGCGAAGCCAAACGCUGGGACUAAAUCGACGAACGAGCAGUAGUAGGCAUCUCAAACAACCAUCGUUGAGCGAUUCUUCUUCCUCUCCCAUUAUGCCAAUAUCACCAAACAACAACAACAACCAACUAUAUGGGAACCCUUCUUCGUCUCCUUUUCCAACAUCUUCCACUCCAAUUUCCAUUCCCACAUCUACAACUCGCAAUGAUGACCCCAACUCUCCAAAUGUACUAUCAGCCUCCUCUGUCCUUGCAACUAGUUUUUCAUCAUCCUCUCCGAAUGUACAAAGAACUACAGAGCACCAAAUCAACGCUGCUCUCUCCUCCUCUUCUCCGAACAACACUCCAAAACAACAGUUUUCCACAAAGAGAAACAUCCCACUUCUCAAUCUUCCUCCUCGACCUACCUCUCUCAGCAGUAAUGCCAGUCCUCGCCAUCACCACAACGAACCAAGGUAUUCAUCAUGGGUAGGCACAAGUCCAAAACAAGCCCAUUUGAACCCCAUUGAGUCUGCAGCAAUUACAGCCAGUAAUUACAGUGUUUCAGUAUCCAAUGUCAUGAUGAUGAGCAAUAACAAUACCAUCACUUCCGACGAAACUUCAAAAGAUGGAUUAUCAAGAAUUAUUUACAUGAAUAGGAACGGGAACAACAAUUUUCAAUUGGAUGCAUCACCAAAAAACUCUUCUCCGUCGUAUUCACCACAACUAUGGACAAAUACGUCAUUAUUUAAACAGACUUCCAACAAUCUACAACAGGAGCCUGUAGCCAUUAUCAUUUCCAAAUCAACACCUAUUUCACCACAUCACAAUGACGAAAGAAAUGCUAAACUCUCUCGAAAAGCAAAUUCAAACAAGAGCUCACUCGGCUCUACAUCUUCUUCAAAAAGUGGUGGUCGUACCAAUCGAUCACACUCAACAGCAUUACUCACUCCAAGAGGAGUAAAUAUGUUGUCACCUAGAGGAGUCAAUGGAAUUCCUUAUUCACCAAGAGGAAGUUUAUCUCCACGAACAAAUUUCACAAGACCAACAAACGGAGCUGCCUCAACAACUCCAACAACCUCUAAUAAUGGAAAUCAUAACCAAAGAUCAUAUCCUAUUUCUUUUGACGAUGUGACAGAAAACGAUAUACACGGUGAAGAAAACGAUUCAGAUUUAGAAGAUAUGAAUAUUUCUGAAAUUUCAACAAAUCACAAUCCCAAAAUUACGUACCAAAACUAA